AGUGCCGCUCCCUGGUGGGGGCUGUUCAUGGCGGUUUCGGGGUCUCCAACAGCUGAGGUUGAAGUCCAAAAGCCUCCCGAGGCGGGGUCUGCAGAGUUUGAGGUUUUUGCUGGUGUGAAAUGACUGAGUACAAACUGGUGGUGGUUGGAGCAGGUGGUGUUGGGAAAAGUGCUUUGACGAUCCAGCUAAUCCAGAACCACUUUGUGGAUGAAUAUGAUCCCACCAUAGAGGAUUCUUACCGAAAACAAGUGGUGAUUGAUGGUGAGACCUGUCUGUUGGACAUACUGGACACAGCUGGACAAGAGGAGUACAGUGCCAUGAGAGACCAAUACAUGAGGACAGGCGAAGGCUUCCUCUGUGUGUUUGCCAUCAAUAAUAGCAAAUCGUUUGCAGAUAUUAACCUCUACAGGGAGCAAAUUAAGCGUGUGAAAGAUUCUGAUGAUGUACCCAUGGUGCUGGUAGGGAACAAGUGUGACUUGCCAACAAGGACAGUUGACACAAAGCAAGCCCACGAGCUGGCCAAGAGUUACGGAAUUCCAUUCAUUGAAACCUCAGCCAAGACCCGACAGGGUGUGGAGGAUGCCUUUUACACACUGGUAAGGGAGAUACGCCAGUACCGAAUGAAAAAGCUCAACAGCAGUGAUGAUGGCACUCAGGGUUGUAUGGGGCUGCCCUGUGUGCUGAUGUAGUAGAUCCCUUAAAAGUUCUGUCAUCAGAAAAGAGCCACUUUGAAGCUGCACUGAUAUCCUGGUUCUGACAUCCCUGGAGGAGACAUGUUCCUGCUGCUCUCUGCAUCUCAGAGAAGCUCCUGCUUCCUGCUUCCCCGACUCAGUUACUGAGCACAGCCAUCUAACCUGAGACCUCUUCAGAAUAACUACCUCCUCACUCGGCUGUCUGACCAGAGAAAUGGACCUGUUUCUCCCUAGUAGUUCUCUGCCCUGGGUUUCCCCUAGAAACAAACACAGCUGCCAGCUGGCUUUGUCCUCUGAAAAGCAGUUUACAUUGAUGCAGAGAACCAUGCCAUUCUGUUGACAACAGUUUCUUAAGCUCUAAGGUAACAAACAACUGCUGGUGAUUUUCCCCUUCCCCCAACUGUUGAACUUAGCUUUGUUAGUUUGAGGGGAAAAUGUCAUAAAUUACUUUCUUCCCAAAAUAUAAUUAAUGUUGCUGAUUGGUUUGUAAUGUGAUCAGCUAUAUUCUAUAAACUGGCAUCUGCUCUGUAUUCAUAAAUGAAACAUGAAUACUCUCAACUGCAUGCAAUUAAAUCCAACAUUCACAACAAAGUGCCUUUUUCCUAAAAGUGCUCUGUAGGCUCCAUUACAGUUUGUAAUUGGAAUAGAUGUUUCAAGAACCAUUGUAUAGUUAAGUGACUAUGAGCCAUCUACCUUUAAGGGCAAGGUGUAUACCCGAUGGCAGAUGCUCUGUAUAUGUACAUGAAGAUAGUUUCCCUGUUUGGGAUUCUCCCGGGAGAAAGAUGGAACUGAAAGAAAUUCUGAAUAAUUUCAUUUAAUUCUAGCUAAUCUUUUUUUUUUUUUUCCUUUUUUGGUAGGUUAUCACCUAUAAAUAUUUGUAAUUUCUUCUAGCUUACUGAUAAUCUAAUAAUUAAUGAGCUUCCAUUAUAAUAAAUUGGUUCAUACCAGGAAGCCCUCCAUUUAUAGUAUAGAUACUGUAAAAAUUGGCAUGUUGUUACUUUAUAGCUGUGAUUAAUGAUUCUUCAGACCUUGCUGAGAUAUAGUUAUUAGCAGGCAGGUUAUAUCUUUGCUGCAUAGUUUCUUCGUGGAAUAUAUAUCUGUAUGUGGAGAGAGCAUGGCCCUCAGUUCCCUCCUCAGCAUCCCUCAUCUCUCAGCCCAGAGCAGUUCGAGCAUCCUAUAGGAGCUUGGAUAAUUAUCUCGGUUGAAUAAACCAUGGUGCUAAUGGACCAGGUCAUGGUUUCAAAACUUGAACAAGCCAGUUAGCAUCACAGAGAAACAGUUCAUUCAUAUUUGCUCCCUGCCUAUUAUUCCUGCUUAUAGACUUUUGCCUGAUGCCUGCUGUUAGCACUACAAGGAUAAAACUUAGUGUGGUUCUAUACCAGGACUAGAAAUACCUGGUUAGCUCUGGGGUAAGCCUAGAUAUCUUUACAUUUUCAGACCCCUUAUUUUUAACCACAUGGAAACUGAAGCCAGAGUUCAUACCUACAUCUCUUGCCCCCCCCAUUAGAUUAAUGUUCUUUAUAUAGCUUUUUAAAAGUAUUUAAAACAUAUCUAUAAGUUAGGCUGCCAACUAACAAAAGCUAAUGUGUUUGUUCAAAUAAAGAGGUAUCCUUUGCUACUUGAGAAAAGAAUGUAAAAUGCCAUUAAUUGUCACUUAGAGGCUUGGUAUUUGUGGUAAUGCCCUGAUAAUUCAUUGGUGGGUUUUGUUUGUCAUGUGAUACUUAACAUAAAACUCAGCUCAGUGAUUCUAAUGAAAACAUAAAUUGGAUACCUUGAUUGAAAAAAGCAAUCCUUAUUCCAAAAUGGCCAUUUUCUCUUUUGAUCUUGUAAUGCCUAAAAAUCUGAGAUCCUUGGGAUUCUUUUGUUUAUAACAGGAUCUUGCUGUGUAGUCCUGGAUGGCCUCAAACUCACAACACUCUUCCUGGAUCAUACCUACAUACCUACAUACUUGGGAGAUUGCUCCCAAGUGCUGGGAUUACAGGCACAUUCCACCACACACACCUUGCUGAUCUAGUUCCUAAUGAAUUUUCAUUAAGUAAAUUCCCCAUCACCUUGAAACUAAUCAAAAGGGGGAAGAAACAUUUGCUAUGCUCCUGAGUGCUAACGCUGGGAUCAUUCAACGGGGUUUGCAUUCCUAGGCAAACUGCUGCCUUUUACAAUAAGACUCAGUCAUCUUCCUGAAGCUGCUGAGGCCAGCACUUGGUCUUGUUUUGUUUUAAUGUGUCUAUAUGACUGAUGGUGGAUCCCUAAAUAGUUUACUAAACUCCAGUUAAGGAGAAAGUUACUCCCCUUGACCCGUUAGACCAUAUCCUGUGUGUGUGUAUGUUCGUGGUUUCCAGUAUGAACACAGAAACAAAUGGAGCCAAUUCAGGCUUCAGAUGCCCUUACUAGCAUAUAUUCCCACAGGGUGUGGGUUUUGGCACAACAGUGACGAGCUUAAAAGCCAAGUAAGUCCAGUUGGUGUAGUAUCAAAGUGUUUUCAGAGUAAUUAGUGAAGAUCUGGUUUACCUCAAAGUCGCCAAGCCUCUCUUCCUGAAUUUAAGUGCCUGGCUGGCAGUCACAAAUUAAUAUGUUGCUGUAAGGCAGUUAGUUGAAGCUUUGUUCACACAUUGGAGAGUAUGAAAAUGAAGUGUUCUAUCUAAGAGCUCUGAUACUGGAUCUGUAUGAACCUGGUAAAUGCCGUUUGUCCAGGACUUAGCGUGUGUGAGUUGGUAACUCAAUAUGAGUUUACUAGUUCCGCAGGAUUGUCAUGUGUACAAUGGAGGCAGGUUUGUUUUAGCCCACCACCUGUAGAAUCAACCUUUAAACUGCUGUGAACUGUGACAUGACUUGAAGACAAAUGUUUGUUUUCCCCAUUACAGAAUGUGUGAGUUUGGUUUUAUCUUCCUUUGUAUUUAGUCAUAAACUCUCAAGCUGGCAGCUCCGACCAAGGAUCAGAAGGUGCGUCCCGCCUGGUGGGAUUAGCUCAGCUCUUUAUGAGAAGUGGAGUUAAUAAUGGAAAACGUUUUGCCUGGGGUGGUUUCUAUUUAAAAGAGAGGGAUGAUAAUUCGUGAACAUUAGUUUUUAUUUUGCUAUUUCUUUAAGCUGACUGAUGUGCCACAAAAUGAUUUUAAGGUAUUUGUGUUUUAAGAGUGUUCUCAUGAGAUUAGUUGUAGAUAUUUUUAAAAAUACAACUGUUUUUUUAAAUCUGAGUAUUGCUCUAAGCAAGUGUUUAAACUCUUAAGAGACGGGAAGGUGGAUGGGAGUUGUUUGGCUUUUGUAUUUCUGUGCCGUCAAAUAUAGGUCAGAACGUCAACUGUACAAUCCUGCUGUUUAAAGAACUAUUGGCCUCUGUGGCCCUCAUGAAGAGGCUGAUAUUUUAAGUUGACUGUUUUAUUGUAAAUUAAUCAUUCUAAUUUUUAAAGACUUGAUUGACUGUUUUCCUUGUUAAAUAAUUUUAAAAAUAAAAAACUGGAAGUUCUUUGCUUAACUGUAUUUUCCCCACUGCCUUAGGGUUUCUACUGCUGUUAAGAGACACCAUGACCACAGCAACUGUGAUAAAGAAAACAUUUAGUUGGGGCUGGCUUACAGCGACGGAGGUUUAGUCAGUUACGGUCACGGUGGGAAGCAUGGCAGCGUGCAGGCAGACACAGUGCUGGAGAAGGGGCUGAGAGUGCUACAUCUUGAUCUGAAAACAGAAGAAAAAGACUGCCACACUAGACAUAAGUAGCCUUGGAGACCUCAAAGCCUGUCCUCACAGUGACACACUUCUUCCAGCAGGGUCACACAUUCAAACCACCACACCCACCCAGGUCUGUUCUAGGGAAUGAUAUUUCAGAUAUUGAUGUUCUGUUUGGGCAGUGCAGGGGAGACUCAAGAUCCUCAUUUGUUCUCGGUAUAGUCAGUGGCCUCCUUGGCCUCUAAGGAUUGUUUUUUGUGGUUUUUGUUACUCUGGGCCCAUUGUGUUGAAGGGAGCAUUCCUUUUGAGUAGCAUAAUGAAGUUUGUCAGGGUCCUGUGUCACCCUGCCAGAGCCUGAGUCUUCCCUUGUACCAAGCACACAGCUACACUGUUCGUUACCUGUUCUGGGGUUCUUUGGCUCAUCCGUGUAUCAGUAGCACAGUUUACCUAGAGACUCAACAUGCGAGAGUACUGUAAUCAUAUUACUGUGUUCAUUAUGGGAGCUGUUAAGCUCUUACUGUGCCCACUUUUUAGAUUGAUUUUUAUCAUACAUGCACAUGUAUGUCUGUCCAGGAAGAAACAGUGU